UCAGGCGUCGCUUUUAUAGCGGUUAAAUUUUACUCUAUUAUAUUCCUGGCAGUGAUAUAACCGUCAUCCGUCACCAUAUAAACCGUAUUUAUCCAACUAUUUACCACUUAUCGCCCUAAUAAAUAUAUUCACCGGGAGAUGCCACUCGCAGUCCGAGCGCGGCAUCGAGCACACGCGGCUGAAAAAUCGUAAUUAAUUUAUUUUCUAUCGCCGUGCAACGGUCGUGUCGUGAUCCCUGCAGUGACGAACGAACAUAUACAAUGUCUGCCAAGAACACGCAAAAUGUAGAGACUGGCGCGUCGCCCGAGGAGCCCGCUCCAGCCAAGCCGCUGCUCGGGACCAGCUCGAUCCUCGGCCUGUCGGACGUGACCGACAACAAGCUGAUCUGGAGACAGCUGCUGGCCGAGCUGGUGGGCACAUUCCUGCUCACCUCCAUCGGUGUGGCGUCCUGCAUCGCCAUCGGCGAUACAGCAGGCAACAUCACCAGCAUCGCCCUGGCCUUCGGUCUGCUGGUCGGCACUAUUGUCCAGACGAUCGGGCACGUGUCCGGUGGGCACAUCAACCCCGCGGUGACCUUGGGGUUGCUUGCGGCCGGCGAGGUCAAGGUCAUCAAAGCGCUGUUCUACAUCGUGGUGCAAUGUCUGGGUGCCGUGGCCGGUGCUGCCUUCAUAAGGUUGGCCGUCCCUGACGUUGAAGUGAAGAGUCCUGGAUUCGGCAUGACGCUACCCGGGAAAAACAUCACCGAUGGACAGGCAGUGCUCAUUGAGGCCCUGAUCACCUUCGUGCUUGUGUUGGUAGUCAACGGCGUGUGCGACAGCCGCCGCAUUGACGUGAAGGGCUCGGCGCCUCUGGCCAUCGGACUGAGCAUCACCGCCUGCCACGCUGCCUGCAUCCCGUUCACUGGCUCCAGCAUGAACCCGGCGCGCUCUUUCGGACCCGCCCUCGUAAUGGGCUACUGGGCUAGCCACUGGGUGUACUGGGUGGGCCCCAUCACCGGCGGAGUCAUCGCAGGCCUGGUCUACAGAUACGUCUUCCGCAUCGGCAAGACCGGCGAAUCCGGCUCCUACGACUUUUAAUCUUAUCCCCAAGCAAUAGAGCCUGGUUUCCAAGAACAGGUCUUCCUCGUCUCGAAAACACGCAGGUUUAUUUGAAAAGAUUAUAUCUGACGUCCUAAGCAAAGGUCCUAUGUCAAGAUACGAAAUUUUAGCUUAGCUUUAGAUAUAUUUUUAUCUUACGAACACGCGUGGUCUUGCUUAAAAGUACAAAGGUGCUACUUGAAUAGAUCUGUAUUCAAAUUCAAUCGUACAUUGAAUGGUGUUAGAAAAUAGCAAAGAACAAGCUCAUCCUCACUUUCUUGACACGUGGCAAACCAAAAACAAGCGGGCAUCUCGCUCGUUUUUGCCCAGUACGUGCAAGUUGUGGAAUGAGCUACCUUCUGAGGUGUUUCCCUUGCGCUAUGACAUGGGGUUCUUCAAGAAGCAGGUAUUUAGGGUUCUCAAAGGUGGGCAACGCAUAAGUGGCUCCUCUGGUGUUGCUUAUGUCCAUUAGGCGGCGAUGACUGCUUCCCAUCAGGCGGCUCGUCUGCUCGUUUGCUUCCUAUUACAUUAAAAAAACAGGUUUUUUUUUUAAAUUGUGUCGAUUUGUACUUUUUAUAGUACGGUAGGGAUUUACGGUGAAUUAAGUAACGCGUUUGUAUUUUUCAGUGUAUAUAGAUAGUGUAAGCUCAUUGAACAUUCAUUAUUGCCAUUUUGUUUUUUAUUCCAAAGUCUAUUUUAAUCAUAUCGAUGGGGUUAUACAUAUUUAAAUGGCUAUCAGCCUAUUAUUCUUCAGAUUCCAGUGACGUCUGUUUGGAA